AUCAAAAGACAAUAAAGCCCAGGCAGUCGCGGGUUUACGUGCUGUCAGUUUACUGUUUUGGCGCUUGUUGUUUGUUAAUAAUAAGAGGUGAUUCAUUUAAAAUAGCUGUAGGCUUGAAUUAGUAUUGCCAAUUCCCCGAACCUCUUGCCAGCAUGCAUGUGCUCAAGCGAGAUGGACGCCUGGAGCGUGUUAUGUUUGACAAAAUCACAUCUCGCAUUCAGAAGCUUUGUUAUGGACUUAACUCCGACUUUGUGGAUCCUACCCAGAUUACGAUGAAGGUCGUCGAGGGGCUGUACAACGGGGUGACUACGGUAGAGCUUGACACCUUUACGGCAGAGAUGGCCGCCAGCCUCACCACCAAGUACCCAGACUACGCCAUUCUGGCGGCAAGAAUCGCUGUUUCCAACCUACACAAGGAGACCAGGAAGAUGUUCAGCGAUGUGAUGGAGGACCUGUACAACUACAUCAACCCCCUGAACCAGCGCCACUCUCCCAUGAUCUCCAAGGACACGCUUGAUAUUGUGCUCGACAACAAAGAUCGCCUCAACUCAGCCAUCAUAUCUGACCGAGACUUCUCCUACAACUUCUUUGGCUUUAAGACACUUGAGCGAUCUUAUCUUCUGAAGAUAAACGGCAAAGUGGCAGAGAGGCCACAGCACAUGCUGAUGAGAGUGGCAGUGGGUGUCCACAAGAGGGACAUCGACUCUGCCAUCGAGACAUACAACCUGCUGUCAGAGAAGUGGUUCACCCACGCCUCCCCCACCCUGUUCAACGCUGGCACCAACAGGCCCCAGCUGUCAAGCUGUUUCUUGCUCGCCAUGAAAGAUGACAGCAUUGAUGGAAUCUACGACACGCUGAAGAGCUGCGCCCUGAUCUCCAAGUCAGCAGGGGGCAUUGGUGUGGCAGUCAGCUGUAUCCGGGCCACAGGCAGUUACAUCGCCGGGACAAAUGGCAAUUCAAACGGCUUGGUCCCGAUGCUUUGCGUGUACAACAACACGGCCCGCUACGUCGACCAGGGAGGCAACCGGAGGCCUGGAGCCUUUGCCAUGUAUCUAGAGCCCUGGCAUGCAGAUGUGUUUGAGUUCCUGGAGCUGAAGAAGAACACCGGUAAGGAGGAGCAGCGGGCCAGAGACCUGUUCUACGGCAUGUGGAUACCAGAUCUCUUCAUGGAGCGUGUGGAGAGCAACCAGGACUGGUCCCUGAUGUGUCCCAGCGACUGUCCCGGGCUGGACGAGUGUUGGGGAGAGGAGUUUGAGAAGCUCUACACCGGCUACGAGAAGCAGGGCAAGGCCAAGCGCGUGGUGAAGGCCCAGCAAGUGUGGUACGCCAUCAUCGAGUCCCAGACGGAGACGGGCACGCCAUACAUCCUCUACAAGGACGCCUGCAACAGGAAGAGCAACCAGCAGAACCUGGGCACCAUCAAGUGCAGCAACCUGUGCACGGAGAUCGUGGAGUACACCAGCAAGGACGAGAUUGCCGUUUGCAACCUGGCCUCUAUUGCUCUCAACAUGUACGUCACCCCCGAGAGAAUGUUUGACUUUAAACGCUUAGCGUACGUCACCAAAGUCAUUGUGAAGAACCUCAACAAAAUAAUAGACAUCAACUUCUAUCCGGUGGUUGAGGCACUGAACUCCAACAAGCGCCACAGGCCUAUCGGCAUCGGCGUCCAGGGCCUGGCCGACGCCUUCAUCCUCAUGCGGUUCCCCUUCGAAAGCCCCGAGGCCCAGCUGCUCAACAUCCAGAUCUUUGAGACCAUCUACUAUGCUGCCCUGGAGUCCAGCUGUGAGCUGGCUGCUGUGCACGGCAGCUACCAGACCUACCCUGGAUCACCCGUCAGCAAGGGAAUCCUUCAGUAUGACAUGUGGGAGAAAACUCCAACAGACUUGUGGGACUGGAAAGCCCUCAAGGAGAAGAUCGCACAGCACGGGGUGAGAAACAGUCUGCUGCUGGCUCCCAUGCCCACCGCCUCCACCGCCCAGAUCCUGGGUAACAACGAGUCCAUUGAGCCCUACACCAGCAACAUCUACACACGCAGGGUUCUGUCUGGGGAGUUCCAGAUGGUUAACCCCCACCUGCUGAAGGACCUGACGGAGAGGGCACUCUGGAACGACGACAUGAAGAACCAGCUGAUAGCUAACAACGGCUCGGUCCAGGGCAUUGCGGGGAUCCCAGAGGACCUGAAGCAGCUGUACAAGACUGUGUGGGAGAUCUCCCAGAAGACCGUGCUCAAGAUGGCUGCCGACCGCGGAGCCUUCAUCGACCAGAGCCAGUCCCUCAACAUCCACAUCGCACAGCCCAACUACGGCAAGCUGAGCAGCAUGCACUUCUACGGCUGGAAGCUGGGUCUGAAGACGGGGAUGUACUACCUGAGGACCAAGCCAGCAGCCAACCCAAUCCAGUUCACCCUGGACAUGGAGAAGCUAAAUGAGGCACUGGCUGACACGAGCGUCUCAGAGGAGGGCCGAACCCCGGAGACGCCUGUCAAAGAGGGGUUGAAUGUCAAAGAGGGGUUGAAUGUCUAAGGGUUGGGUCCUGACCUCUGAACCCAUUCCAUCUUAAAUCCAUCAUUCUCCAUGAAAUACUCUUAUUAUAUACUUUUAUUGCUUUUUUAUUUCAAUGUUUUAUAAAUGGUGAAGACUGAAAUGUUUUUUAUACUCAAAGCUAAUGGAUCACAUUAUUUAUACAUUUUCUGCUGCUCCAAUAUAAUGUACAUUCACAGCAGCUCUUUUUAUGUCAAUUGUGGUGGAUCACAACUGGUUAAUCAACUUCAUGUCUGUAUCUAAAAAAAAAUAAUUGUUUGAAAAUUAAAAUAUUUUUUACUAUAAACAAAAUUACGAUGAAAAACAUGACUGCAGCUAAAGAGUUAAUUUUUCUAAUGUUCCCUUCAUUUGAGGAGAGCUAUCGUGUUUAAUUAGCGAGGCGAGCAUCCCAAUAAACCAGUUAAGCUGCCAACUUAAAUGUUUACAGUGACUGAUACUUA